GUAUAUCGAUAUUAAUGGCUUCCAUUUCCAUCUCCACAUGCACAGUUAUGAUUUGCUGAGAAAGAAGCAAAAUUGACUAAGCUACAAUUCAAGCAAAAUGCCCAGCGAGAUUAUAACCCUUCAAUUGGGCCAAUGUGGCAACCAAAUUGGUUUCGAGUUCUGGAAGAGAUUGUGCCUGGAGCACGGCAUCUCCCCGGAUGGCGUCCUUGAGGACUUCGCCACCGAUGGACAGGAUCGCAAGGAUGUGUUCUUUUACCAGGCGGACGACAACCAUUACAUACCGCGGGCCGUUCUCAUAGACUUGGAACCCAGGGUCAUUAACAACAUCAUGACCUCUCCGUACUCCAAGUUAUAUAACCAGGAGAAUGUGUUCCUCUCCAAGCACGGCGGUGGAGCAGGAAACAACUGGGCCUCCGGCUUUAGCCAGGGUGAGAAGGUGCAGGAGGAGGUGUUUGACAUCCUGGACCGCGAGGCCGAUGGCAGCGAUUCGCUGGAGGGAUUCGUGCUCUGCCACUCUAUAGCCGGCGGAACGGGAUCCGGAAUGGGCUCAUAUGUCCUGGAACGGCUAUCCGAACGCUUUCCCAAGAAGCUCAUACAGACGUACAGCGUUUUUCCCAAUCAGGACGAGAUCAGCGACGUGGUUGUGCAGCCAUAUAACUCGAUCCUUACCCUGAAGCGGUUGACCAAGUGCGCGGACAGUGUGGUGGUGCUGGAUAAUACCGCACUGAACCGCAUCGCCACCGAAAGAUUGCACAUCCAGACGCCCACCUUUACGCAGAUCAACAAUCUGGUGUCCACCAUCAUGAGUCUGAGCACUACCACCCUGCGAUAUCCCUCGUACAUGAACAACAACCUCAUCGGUCUGACCGCCUCGCUCAUUCCCACGCCCCAGCUGCACUUUCUGAUGACGGGAUAUACUCCACUGAUGUCGGACUGCGAGACCAAGACAAGCGUUCGAAAGACCACCGUGUUGGAUGUGAUGCGUCGCCUUCUGCAGCCGAAGAACAUGAUGGUUUCCGCCCUGACGGACAAACAGAGCCGCCAGUGCUUCGUCUCCAUACUGAACAUCAUCCAGGGCGAGGUGGAUCCAUCCCAGGUGCACAAGUCGUUGCAGCGCAUCCGCGAGCGAAAGCUGGCCAAUUUCAUACCAUGGGGUCCGGCCAGCAUCCAAGUGGCUCUGCCGCGCAGCUCUCCCUACGUCCAGUCGGCCCACAAGGUAUCCGGAUUGAUGAUGGCCAAUCACACGGGAAUCAGUUCGCUCUUCAAGAGGGCCUUGGCCCAGUACGAUAAGCUGAGGAAGCGCAACGCCUUCCUCGACAACUUUCGCCGCGAAUCCAUGUUCCAGGACGACCUGACCGAACUGGACAUCGCACGGGACACGGUUGACUGCUUGGUGCAGGAAUACGAGGCAGCCACCCAAAUCGAUUAUCCACAGUGGAGUCCCGCCGUCGAAGCUUCGAAAGCCGGUUAAUUGAUAAUAAUUUAUAAUUCAACACUCAAUACUUGUUAUUUUUCUUUUAUCAACAAUAAUAUAUGUAUGUAUUUUCAAUACCUUGUAAUCAAUGCAGGAAUUAAAAAGAUUUCCAGGUAAGAUUCAACUUACAUACUAGAAACUAGUAACGAUCGCACCUCAACACACAAAAUUGCUGAUAUCAACUUAUGUGUGAAAAAAAGGUUAUUUAUUCAACUAAGGAUAUACAAUAUCUAAAAUUUACUUAUUCAUUUGUCUGUUAGUUAGUUUAAAGUUCGUCAUUACAAUAACUAGUUCCACACGGUUUUUACCCCUAUUUUUUUACCUUUGAUCAGUGGUUGUUGCAUAUACAAAGAAUUAUUCUAUUAUUUGGUUUAUGUAUCUUGAUAAAUUUUUCUAAAUUUCUAUAGUCAUAUUGGCUUUGCAUUUUCAUGUCACUUUACAUUUCCCCGUAACAGACUAAGCGAAAUGAAUUUUCCAUUCGUAUUCCAAAUUUCGAUGUGUUAACACCUUUGAAAAUAGUUUGUGUCUUACGUUUUCCGGUACCUAUUUUGUUGUUUCUAAUAUCCUAUUUCUGUAAAUAGGCCGAAUUCCAUUUAGCUGCCCUUUUAGAAGGAAAUUAGGAUACCCUGAACGCUUUUCCCAAGG